GGGCGGACUAUAGAUUGAUUUGUAUUUCGACACACCUGUUUCUUGUAUUACAUUCAUAUUUAAUGUAUAAGUUUUAAAGAGGUUAACAAAAAUUUUAUUAAUAAAAUAAAAGAAAAAUGUAUUCAGAAAAUAUUAAAUUUAUUUAUAUUUGAUGCGAAUAAUUCUGCUAAUAAUUUGGCAAUAUGUUUUAACAUUAUACAUGACGAAUAAAGAAAAAAAUAUCUGUCAGAUGAAUAUUUACUUAACUGAAAUAAUAUUUAAUUAAAGAAAUGAUUAAUCAAAGAAACAUUUUUUAAGAGAAACAAUGAUAUAUCUUCCAUUACCAGAAAGGCAGAUGGCAAGAUGAUGGAACACAAGGUCUUCCAAAAGGAGUUUUAGAUAGUCUUAAGAAAGUUACUCCAUCUAAUGGAUUAUUAUCUUUUGAAAGGUUUUGUAUGGGACUUAAGAUAUGUUUAUUACAAAUUCAAACUGAGACUGAUUCUAAGAAACAUGAUGGUCAACCAAAUAGACCACCUUCUGCUCCAAUAUUAAUACCUGAUAAUCAAAAUAAAACAACAUGGACAUCUUCAAAUACAGCAACUAUUAGACCGAAUAAUGUUAUAUCUCAACAACGUACCUUAAGCAUGCCUCAAUUAUUAGCAAGUCGAAAAGAUACAAAUACACAAAUAGAAUUAAUGGAUAAUAGAACUGCACCUGAAUUAAAAUUAAAUAAGACAUAUGGACCUCCAAAACCUCCAAGAAUGGGUAUUGCAUUAGAAACCAGAACUAUUAAUUCAGAUAGAAAUUUUGAUAAAUCUGAAAUUCGAACUGUAUUACAAAAUUGGCAAAUGAGUUUAUUAAUGAAUGAUGAGAAAACUAUAGAAAAAAGACAAUUACCAACGAAUUAUAGAUCUGAUACUAGAACAUUAUUAAGACCAACUAGAGUAUUAGGAGAUGGUAAAGCUGUUGAUUUGCAAAAUAAUCAAGUUAUUUUACAGCCUAAAAAAUCAUUAAAUAGACGCAGAGAACCUAGACGUCACACGUUGCAGAAUGGUAUUGAUUACAAUAUGAUGAAAAGAAUGAAACAGAUUGAACAAGAAAAAGAUGUAUUACUUCAAGGACUAGCUGCAGUUGAUAAAGCUAGAGAAUGGUAUUUGAAACAAAUUUCUUCUACUCAAGAAAAAAUCAAACAUCUUGGGCGAAUGGGAUCUCAUGUGGAACAAUGGACAGAAGCACAACAAGAACGUUUGGAAUUACAACGUGCUCGAGUAUUAGAAGUUAAUAGACAUUUAGCUGCAUUAAUAAGUAGUUGGGAACGUGGUGGACUUCCUCUUCACAUGAAUCUUGCUUUUCUUAGUACUCCUACAUCAAGUCAACUUCAACAAGAUAUAUUAUCUAGAUUAAAACAACAAAAUCAUAGAUUAACAGAGGAAGUCACUAAAAAAAAUCAACGGAUAACAAUACUUGAACAAGAAAAAGACAACUUGGUACGAGAAUUGUAUAAUAGACAAACUAAUAUGGUUCAGUCUAGAAGAGCAAUGAUUCAUGAACAACAUGAUCAAACAUUCAUAAUAUAAAUAAUCGAGAAGAUUUGAUAAUAUAAUUUUUUAUUUGAUAAUAUAAUGAAUUAUAUGCAACUUAUCAAAUAUACAUAUAUUAAUGAAAUCAUAUUGAAACUUACAUAUAUGUAAAGUAUCUGUGAAAUAUUCUCCAUAUUAAAACUCAAAUGUACUUAGUUAUACAUUGUAAAUGAAGUUUCAAAAUGUUUAUAAUCCGUCCAAGAAUCAAGAGAUCAUGUUUUUUUAUAAUAAAUUAUUAUUCUAAUUAAUCGUCUUAAUCUAAAUUCUUGAUUUUAAUACUUGAUUUUAAUUACUGUAAUCUAUGUUUAUCUACAUAAAAUGAAACAAAUUUAUAUUUAUAUUUUUAAAACUGAAUAUUCUUAUCUUGUAAAUAAAUGUUUCUAUAAGAAUAUUGUACAAAUAAAUUAUGCGCGUUUCGCGGUGUAAACUACAUCUACUUCCGGAAUUAUAGCAUAUUCGUGUCAAAUGUUAUCGAAUUGUAAAUGUGAUAAUAUAUUUCCUUAACUAUCCAA